CUCAGAGUUAUACAGAGACCAGAACGCUAGGGAUUGGAUUGGGUGGAGCGUUCACUAAACAAUUUGCACUCUGUGUGAUCCUUGGAAAAGUCCCAUAGGUCAAGUGCCUGGCACACCUGAAACUGGGGAGUACUGGAGGAGUACGCCCUGAAACGCCCUAAAAGCAAAGAGGAACCAAUCUUAUUGCUGGUGCAACACACACACACAGCUUUGAGCUGCAAAAUAAUCCAGCCUGGAGACUGGGAUCUGUGGAUUGUGGUGGAAACGUCCAAACCUUAGCUCAGGAGAUACAGAUUCCUAGGACUGGCACUGCCAUGCAUCUUGGGAAAUGGGGUGGCACUUCAUCUGAAAUGGAAUUCUGAGGGAUUACAGGGUUCAAACCCAGUUGAGUGCCAGAUUACUCACCCAACCUCGAGUUAAUUGGUCGGUGCUGGUUUUAAAGCAUUUGAGGAACUAGAAACUCAAGGCCACUCAAGACCACUUUACACAAGACUCUGGAGUAUAGAUACCACCAGUACCACCAUCAGUUUUAGGAUUGUUACUGAUCACCUCCCAGAGUGGGAAUUCUACCAGCAGGAGUGGAUAAAGCACCAGCAGGGACGGGAGCAAAGAUACCUCCGGCAGUAGAAAGAUAGAGGAGAUACCACCAGCUACUAUAGGAGUAGAAACACCCCUGGCAUCUGCACAAGUGGAGAUAUCGACUAUCCAAACAAACCACUGUUCUGAUCAGCCAUGCCCAAUUUAGAGAUGGACUACCAAUCUCUUGGCUCACCCCUGGGGAUACUGCGCUUUGCCCAGGUCUUCUUGUCCUGCACCUCCUUCAGCUUGGUGGCCAGUGUUAAUAUGUAUAACAACCCCUAUGGAAGCUGGAGCAUGUUCACGUGGUGCUUCUGCUUUGCAGUCACUAUAAUAAUAAUAGUGCUGGAGGUUACUGGCUUGUGCCGCCGUAUCCCCAUCUCCUGGGAAGAUUUCACCUCAGCCUUCUCCAUGCUGGCUACACUCAUGCUCUUCACUACUUCCAUCAUGUAUCCAUCUACCUUCCUCAGGGGCGGGUGUAGUGGCCAUUCCUGUGCCUGUCGUGGUGCAGCUACAGCCACCUCAAUAUUGUGUUUCUUUGCUUAUGCUGCAGAGGUCGGCCUGACUCGGGCAAAACCUGGGGAGGUUAGUGGUUUUCUCUCCACGGUGCCUGGGUUACUCAAGGUCUUGCAGUCCUACGUGGCUUGCUUGAUCUUCUCCCUCAUUCCAGGCAUUCCUUAUGGGGGCCUUGGUGGACUCCAGUGGUGCGUGGCUGUUUUCUCCAUCUGCUUCAUUUUCACCACCCUUAUUAUUUUCAUCACCAUCGGACGUCUUUUGGCAAUUUUAUCCACUUUUCUUGAGAAGGUCCUCAUCGGUUAUAACAUCCUGUGUGUGGCCAUGUACAUCACCGUGGCCAUCAUUUGGCCUUAUUACAAUUUCAAGGACAACCCAAGCAGACCAAACAAUUGUCAACCUAACAUUAGAUGCAUAUGGGACAAUGCCCUUGGAGUGACAUUCCUCGCCUACCUCAACCUCGUUGCUUACAUUGUAGACUUGGUUUACUCCUUCAAAAUGGUUUUCAUCACUGCCCAAGCCUAAAUUUGAACCAAACAAAUCUUUUUUUUAUUAUUAUUAUUCCCCAAGAAAGGAAAAAUUCCGGCAACACAUGAUAUUGCAUUUUUAUAUAUUUGCCUUCGUUAUCAUGCCUCCGUAUCAUAUGGCCACUGGGGGCACUGUUUCAUUGACGUGUACACCAUUUCUAAUAUCACACUGAUUGCUGCGACUGUAACUGCCGUCAGAACAGAACUGAUUUCACCAUUAUAUUGGUCUUCUUUUAUUUUAGGAUUUCUGAAUUAUUCAACUCCUGUUUUGAUUGUUAACCCCCCUUCUGGUUGGUAAGGUACCACUCGCUCUAGCUCCCAGGUUGUGGUUUAGAUGACAGCAGGGUCAGACUGGGCAUCCUAGGGCCCCACACGAGAACCUGACAUUAAGGGCCCACUCUCACAGCUAUUAAAUGCAGACAGUACUAUGUUGUAAUAGGUGUCAUAUAGAACUAGGGUACAAAUAGGAGUCCAUUAGGGGUGAGGGCCUACUGGAAGAUCUUCUGGUACCCUGGCAGGCAAGUCCAAUCCUAGCAGCACUUAAAAUUACGUGCCUUGGGGUUAGUGGUCUGUGUUUGUGUGUAUCUGCUUAAAGGAUAAAUAAACCUUAAAAAUAAGUGCUAUUCUAAGCACUUUUGCA